AUGUCAAAGAAAGCGAAAUACGUGUCUGAGAGCUCCACAAAGGACGCUAAAAGAGGAGGCUCAAGAGGAAAAUCCCCAGGCAGAGGAAAAGCUGAAGUUCCAGACACUUCAAACUUGACCCAGGAUGAGAUAUACUUUUGCUGGACAAUUUUAUAUUAAAAAUUUAUUUUUUUUGAAAAUUAUUAAUUCAAUUAUAGAUUAUUGCACUUUUUGGUUCUUUAUCCUAAGUCUCAGAGGCAAUAAGGACUAAUAUUCAAGACCUUUUGCAUCAAUAUGGCCCUAAAACAUGAAUGCUAUAGCCUAAAAUGCCAAAUGCAUUAUAAUACACUAUAAAUGAAAUCAAAGAAGCGUUUGACCUUUUUGAUUCUGAUAAUUCUGGCACCAUCGAUCCUAAAGAAAUUAACGCUGCUCUUGCCUCUCUUGGACAAGACAAAACCCCAACUAUCUUCAGACUUUUGGCAGGAAUCGAAGAAUUAGGAGCCUCCAUUACUUUUGAAGACUUUUUAGGACACAUCAGUGAAAGGCUAGGCCAUAGAAACACAAGAGAUGGAAUUAAAAGAAUUUUCGAUUUAUUUGACGCUGAUGGAUCAGAGACUAUUAAUGUGAAAAAUCUUGCAAGAGUCGCAAGGGAGCUCGGAGAAAGCAUGACUGAAGAAGAAUUACAAGAAGCACUUGCAAAGGUCUCCGCUGAUAAACAAGCAAUGACCUUUGAUGACUUCUAUGUAGUCAUGACCAAGAAAAUCUAUGGCUAA